CACAAGUCAAAAAAUGUCAAAACACUACUAAACACAAUUUUAAUUCGAUUCAUGCGUAUUUUAAUUAAGAAUAUAAACGUGUAAAUAGGAAAUAUCCUAUAUUCCAUAUUUUUUUCUUAUAUAAUCUAUUCCAACAACCCAUAUGGAGAUAGUAAUUUAACGUUUUUGGACAUAUUUUAGCGUUAGAAUAUGAAUGAUGCAGCAUCAGUGAGCCCUGCCGGGCCAAUGGCUAUUAACAAGGAGCUUAUCAUCAAGGAGGGUUGGCUUCAAAAAAGAGGAGAACAUUGGAAGAACUGGAGAUCGAGAUUUUUUGUUCUGUUGAACGAUGGCACGUUGGUCGGUUUUAAAAAUCAGCCGGACAAUUACGGUCAAGUGGAGCCUUUAAACAAUUUCACGGUGAAAGGUUGUCAAAUCAUGUCGAUAGACAGACCGAAACCUUUCACGUUCAUAAUUAGGGGGCUGCAAUGGACGACGGUAAUCGAACGUAUGUUUUGCGUAGAAACAGAACAAGAAAGGGAGGAAUGGGUGCAAGCGAUAAAAAUGGUAUCGGAGCGAAUAUCGGAAUGCGAAGACGUGGAAAUGAAUCCGGCAAACAACGAAACCGGAACGAUGGAGGAUCUUUGCGAGAAGUUCUCGCUGCAAGGAACGUCCAUUUCGAAAUCGACCGGAAAGAGAAAAGUAACGCUCGAAAGUUUCGAAUUCAUCAAAGUACUCGGCAAAGGUACGUUCGGUAAGGUCAUUUUGUGCCGAGAAAAAGCUACUGGCAGAUUGUACGCCAUCAAAAUUCUCAAAAAGGAAAUCAUCAUUCAAAAGGACGAAGUCGCGCAUACUCAAACUGAAAAUCGCGUCUUGCGUACCACUCAUCAUCCAUUUUUAACAUCGUUGAAAUAUUCGUUUCAAACCAACGACAGAUUGUGUUUUGUAAUGGAAUACGUGAAUGGCGGAGAACUGUUUUUCCACUUGUCGCGAGAAAGGGUUUUCUCCGAAGACAGGACUCGAUUUUACGGUGCCGAAAUCAUAUCUGCCUUAGCUUAUCUUCAUUCGCAAGGAAUUAUUUACAGGGAUCUAAAACUGGAAAACCUCUUGCUUGACAAAGACGGGCACAUAAAAAUAGCCGAUUUUGGACUGUGUAAAGAGGACAUAACAUAUGGACGAACGACCAAAACGUUCUGCGGUACUCCCGAGUACCUGGCGCCUGAAGUGUUGGAAGACAAUGAUUAUGGUAGAGCGGUGGAUUGGUGGGGAAUUGGAGUAGUUAUGUACGAAAUGAUGUGUGGCCGAUUGCCCUUUUACAACAGAGACCACGACGUGCUCUUUACGCUUAUACUAAUGGAAGAGGUUAAAUUCCCGCGGAAUUUGAGCUCCGAAGCGAAGGACGUUCUGGCGGGAUUGCUGGUGAAAGAUCCGACCCAUAGAUUAGGCGGCGGACCGGACGAUGCCAAGCAAAUCAUGGCGCAUCCAUUCUUCAGUAGCAUCAAUUGGAGAGAUUUGGAACAGAAAAAGAUACCUCCGCCAUUCAAACCGCAAGUAAUCAGCGACACGGAUACGAGAUAUUUCGAUUCGGAAUUCACCGGUGAAAGCGUCGAAUUGACACCGCCCGACAGCAAUAGGCCUUUAGGUUCGAUUCAAGAAGAACCGUAUUUUCCUCAGUUCAGUUUCCAAGAUUUAUCGUCUACGUUGGGCAGUUCAGCGUACAUCAGCGGUAGCAUGACAAGCGUAGCUCCAAUGCAGUGAUUUAUCCUUUAUUGUCUAAUGGUAGAAAUUAUUAAUAUUAUUAUUAUUGCAUGACGAUAAAUUGACGACUCUUUCGAACUAAACGAAGCAUUUUGUUGGUUUAUCUGGAAAGUGCCUGGAAUAUCGAUCUUGCGUUUUGCGAAAUGAUAUAUUUUUAUAAGUCAUAUGUUAGUAAUUCUCCCGACAAAUAUUUGUACUCUGUAUAUGGUGAAUCAAAUUAUUUUGUCAAAAAAAAACGGUAAAAACUCGAUUUUUAUUCCACGUAUUUUCUAGAUUUCUGAUUUAUGUGCCUGGAACAAUUAAUUGUUUUUACAUACAAUGUAACUGCCUGUUUAAUCAUUUUUGUGUAUCGCCUUAUACAUAUGUAUUUUUUUAAAAUUUGGUACUUAUGUGGGAACUUCAAACUCCGUUAGACAGUAAGUUGUAAAACUGUUAUCAUUUUUUGUGAUAAAUCUUUUAUACAUAAUGUAAAUAGAAACGAUAUACUAAUUUGUUUUAAAAACAUUAUAUCAUUUUUGUAUAUAAAUUUAAUUAAGUUAUUAUGUGGUCUGUAGAUAAAUUGGUAAUUACUCAUUAUAAACAGAAAAGGUUUUUUUUACAUAGUUUAGUUUAGAAUCAAAUCUGAGGAACGCAUUCGGUGAUGCUCAAUGUUAAUUUCGUUAUUCUGUAUGUUAAUAGGCAAUUUAAAAGGUGAAGCUGGUUAACAAAUCAAUCGGCUUUGAGAAAUCUUUUUCUGUUUAUCAUAACGCUUUAAAAAGUAAGAAGUAAUUAUUUAGUCAGUUGCGACUGACUCGAUUAAAAAUAGCUUUUUACUUGUAGACUAGCACAAGGACGGUACCGCUUUUCCUAAGAUAUUAUAAAAAAUGGUUACUACAUUGUCAAAAGGAAUUGUAUCAAUUUUUUUAAUGGUGUGAUAUUUUAUUGAAUGUAUUUAGUUGAAUCUGUAAAUUUAAUCAAUUUGUUUCGCUAUUAACAUUUGUUUAAUGUAAUAUCACGGAAUACUCUAGCUAGUAUUCUCCGAUAUAAUUUAAACUAAUUUUUAGUUAUGGCAUAAUUUACUUAAACAAUAUCUAUUGUUUUAUGAUUUUAGUUAAUUUUGACGUUAUUACUCUAUUUGUAAUUUUGUACAGUUUUGCUAUCUAUUCUAAUGAAAAAUUGUGAAAAUUCUAUUUUGAUUAAUUAAUGAUUUGUUUGAAGAAUGCCGUAGUUUUGAUCACAUUUCAAGAUUAACUAAACCGCUAUUGUGCCAUAACUUUUUCUAAUAUAAUUUUUGGGCAUUUAAAAUUAUCAUCAUUUGAUUAAUAAAAAAUAUCGUAAAAAAUCAACUCUAAUUCAUUUUAUCGCCGAAUUGAAUUUAUUAUUAGAGCGUUUUCACAGGGUGCAAUACAGGCUGUCCC